AUGAGAUCAUUCUUGGGGUUCUCCUUCCUCAGCAUCUGCGGGUUCCACGGACUCAAGACAUUCGGCAACCUUCCGUAUGUGAAAUGUUUCUCGGACGAGGAAGCCGCCUGCAAGAAGUACGACAUUGCCAUUCUUGGCGCUCCCUUUGACACGGCUGUUACCGGACGACCAGGAGCCCGCUUCGGACCGACAGGAAUUAGAGUCGGGAGUCAACGCCUCGCUGGAUUCGAUUUCUACACGGACACAUGGAAUCCCGAUGUUCUCGGCGGCAACAUCUCCCACUAUGCAGGCAUCAACCACGGAACCUUCCUCCACAUCGCCCACGAAGAAGGCCUAAUCCGCAACACCUCAAUCCACGCCGGCCUCCGCGCCCCCAUCAACAAGCGCAGCGACCGCAUCAACGACAAGCGCUGCGGUUUCUCCGUCAUCACAGCCCGGGACAUCGACAAGCACGGAAUCGACUGGAUCAUAUCCACCAUCAAGGCCCGCGUGGGUGACUCGCGGGUGUACAUCAGCGUCGACGUUGACGUGUUGGAUCCGGCGUUUGCUCCGGGCACGGGCACCUCUGAGCCUGGCGGCUGGUCAACCAGGGAACUGCUGACUAUCAUUGAUGGGCUGAGAGGGUUGUCUGUUGUCGGGGCGGAUGUGGUGGAGGUGAGUCCGGCUUAUGAUAACAGUGGGGAGACGACGGUGCUGGCGGCUGCGCAGGUUGGGUUGUCGCUUGUUAGUUUGAUGGUUGCUAAGCCGGUGAGGGAUUGA